AACAGCGGGCAUCGGGUCGUCAAGCUCGACAGCGGGCAUAGGGUCACCAGGCACGACAGCGGGCGUUGGGUCAUCAGGCAUUGGGUCAUCUGGCUCGACAGCGGGCAUCGGGUCAUCUGGCAUCAGCGGGUACCGGGUCGUCAGGCAUUGGAUCGUCUGGCUCGACAGAUCAUCAGGCUGGAUCAGUUCAUCAGGCUGGGUAGAGACAUCAGGCUGGGUAGAGACAUCAGGCUGAAUUGUGGGCACCGAGGCACCAGGCUGCACCACAGAAGGCGGGUUCUCAGAUGGCAGGCUGACCGGUUUGGAUACUGGCAGGAUGGUAUUGGUUGGAAAGAAUUUUUUUUGCCUUUUCCUGGUUUUAGUUACCAGAGCACUGUAAGUAAGCGCAGGUUUGUAAAUGGAUGGAGCAGCUGA